ACAAAUGCACAAUAUGUACACACAAUAGAAUAGAACGAGAAAAAUGCACAAUAUAUAUUUCUAAAAAUGUAAUAGAAUAAUAUAAAACAAUGCACAAUAACUAAAAAACAUCGAAUAUAAUAAGGAAAAUGCACAAUAUAUACCCAGAGAUCGAAUAAUAUUAAGUUAAAUUAACUACAAAAGUAGUGCAAAAAUGUAGCCAAACAGAUAAAUCACGUUUAAUGUUUUACCCACCGAUCAGCUGCUGUGAGCUUUAAAAAAUAUAUUUAUAUGCAAGUGAUAAUUACCUGUAGAUGUCAGAUACAUAUAGUGGAGCAACAUAUACAGUAAAGUUACUUCAGUACAACGGGGUACUUGUACAUGUAUACACACCUGUGAUAUGUUCACACCCACUGUCCUUUAAAGCAGCUUAAGAUAUUAAAAUACAUUCAUGUCUUCGUCAUUUGAGCUUUAAAUACCCACACAAUGAGCAAUACAAAAAUCUAAGCUGGAAUUUUAACAAGGCGCCCGCGAAGGCAGCACCCCCGUGAUCCUCCUCUUCGAGCUUUUAUUUCGAAAGAGUCAUUGCGGAAGUCGUCCCGUUCAACCACUUUUAGAAGAGGAGACAACCGACUUAAAACAAACAACAACAAUCAACCGCAGCAUCUAUCCGGUACCUCCCCCCCCCCUCCCUUCCCCGGUCACUCACACCGGGGUUUAACGGGAGGACGUGGUUCGCUCCCACCCUCUUUGAACGCACCGGGCGUUUCUUCUUCUCUCCUGCUACUUGUCUUCAUGUUGCUUUAAUUCGCGCGCUUUGAGAUGACGGUCUGCGAGGCCUUGCACGCGCAGCUGACGUCCGUCAUGGAGGUGCUGACCGCCGCCGCCGUGGCGGAGAUCUGCGAGCUGGUGGCCGGCCGCUGCGCCGGGCUGCGGCUGGAGGUGGGCCGCAGCCACCGGGAGAACCGCGAGCUGCGGCGGCAGCUGCGGCUGAUGGAGACCGCCGCGGGGGCCCGGAGCGCGGGGGCCCCCGCGGGCGGCAGCGCGCCCUUCACUCCCGAUGACUUCCGGUCUGCGGUGGGAGCCAAUCAGCUGAGAGGACCUCUCCAGAGAAGAGGCCCCACAGAGCGGAGCCCCGACACCAGAGAGGAUUCUCCUGCAGAGGAGCUGAAGGACCAGGAUGUAGUUUUAAUCAAGGAGGAGAUGGCGAAAGAGGAAGAGGAGGAAGAGCUGCUGCUCAACGAGGACGGAACGGAGAUGCAGCUGUCCGACCCGGGCGGCGUGGAGGAGGAGGGCCCCUCUGGGCCGGCGGUCCACUCGGCGGCGGCCGCCAUGCGGCUGUGGGGCCAGAGCAGCGACGGUCGGUCGGAGCAGCGGGGCGCCUCACCGGGGUCACCGGGCGGCGCCGAGAGCCGCUCUUCGGACGCGGCGUUUGACUCCAUCGGCGUGCAGAGGCACUUCCUGUUUGGACCCGGGGGAAGCCCCGCCUCCUCGCCACCGUGGCCCUCGGACCCGAAGCGGGACGCGACCCCGAUCGGCUCCCUCCCCUACAACGCGGACCUGGACCCGUGGACCGAUCGGGGCCCGCCGGGCCGGUCGGACGAAGCGCCGGACCCGCUCGGCCUCGCCGGGUUCCCGCCGCCGGACCGGUUCUGCGGGGACGGCCGGCGCUUCGGCUGCAGCUGCUGCGGCAAGAGCUUCACGUCGUCGCGCAGCCUGGAGACGCACACGCGCGUGCACACCGGCGAGCGGCCGUACAGCUGCGCCCAGUGCGGCAAGCGCUUCACGCAGUCGGGCCACCUGAAGACGCACCAGAGCGUGCACACCGGCGAGCGGCCCUUCGCCUGCCUGCACUGCGGGAAGCGGUUCGCCGGCAAGCAGAACCUGAGGAUCCACCAGCGGAAGCACCACGCCCUCUGCGUCAUCAUGGCCGCCCUCACCAAGGCGGCGGUGGCGGAGAUCUGCGAGGUGGUGGACGGCGGCUACGCGGCGCUGCGGCUGGAGAUCAGCCGCGGCCGCCAGGAGAACGACGGCCUGAGGAAGAAGCUGCACCUCAUCGAGUCCAUCGUGAUCAGGGGCGGCGGGAAGGCGGCGGGACCAGAGACGGGACCGGAGACGGGACCGGAGACGGGACCGGAGACGGGACCGGAGACGGGACCGGAGACGGGACCGGAGACGGGACCGGAGACGGGACCGGAGGACGUGGUGCUGAUCAAAGACGAAGACUCCGACAGCAGCGACGCCUUUGAGCAAGACAACGCAGCGGCCAAGAGGCGCUGGCCGUGCAGCCAGGACGGCGACAGGAAGUCGUCCUCCUCGCCGCCCGCGAAGAAGAGCGUGGCGCUGUACGGUCCGGACUCCCCUCGCAGCGAGCCGGGCUUCUCCGGGCGGCUCGGCGCCGACGACACGGGGGCCGGCGAGUCGCUCUGCUCCUACGACCCCGACUGCUCGCUGGCCCCGCCCGGCGCCAACGGGCCGCCGUACUUCGCCCUGAUGGAGUCGCCCACCAACAGGGAGCUGGACCUCAGCCUGACGUGGACCAGACAGGCCAAGGGCCACGGGGCCUUCUUCCACCAGGACGAGCACGCCGACGCCUUCGGGCUCAAGAUGAUCGGCGUCACGGGCGCCAUCUCCGCGGCGGACUGCCCGCUGUCGGACGGCAGCAUCUCCGCCUUCGAGUACGAGGACGACGGCGACGGCGACGCCAUGAACUUCGCCCACUACCGGGACCCGUCGGGGCGCCCCCAGCUCGGCGGCGGCCGGGGGGGGAAGCGCUACGCGUGCGCCGUCUGCUCCAAGACGUACGCCACCACCCAGAACCUGGAGGUGCACCUGCGCAUCCACACGGGCCAGCGGCCGUUCUGCUGCGCCCAGUGCGGCAAGAAGUUCACGCAGUCGGCGCACCUGAAGUCGCACCUGAGCGUGCACUCGGGGGCGCGGCCGUACGCCUGCUCGCUCUGCGCCCGCAGCUUCAUCGUCAAGUACAGCCUCAAGCUGCACAUGAAGAAGUGCCACGGAGGCGCCCUGUGCGACUGACACGCCCCCUGGCGACGGACACGCCCCCUGGCGACUCGGGAUGGGUAUUGUUUGGGUUUUUCCCGAUACUGGUGCCUAAACGGUGCCUGAACCGAUACUUUUUUUUUUUAACGCACAAUGAGGACAUUAAAAACCUCUUUGGCCAUAUUCCCUGUAGAAGCCGUUAUCAUGGAGCACCGACACACAACGGAUAUCAGACUGUUAACAGACACAAUGUUCUCCAUGAUGUGAGGUGUGUAUAUAUAUAUAUAUAUAUAUAUAUACAUAUACAUAUAUUACCAUGUGCUGCCUUUAUAGGGUUAACCUGUCACUGUUGAUGGGCAAAGAGAACAACCAAUCAGAGGGACUGAAGAUGACACGUGACACAUAAAGUUUUGCUUCUGACAGCGAGAGUUCCACUGAAACAAAGUGACGCCCACGGUCUUUAUUCCUCCGUCAUUAUAUUCCCGGUAACACCGGGUAAACAGCCGGGACCGCUGGACACCAACACACCUGCUAGCAGACUGUCAGGCUAGCUACGAGCUAGCUUAAACAUGGUUAUAAUGGCUAAUUUAUUAUUUCUUGGGCUACUUUUAUGAAUGCAAGACUUGCAAACAACGUUCCGUUACUAAUCUGAGUUCCGGCUGCUCGUCAUCAUCGAUCUCCCCGUGUUCAGGGGACCGGUGACGUCUCCCCGUCGCGCCCAGCCUGACGCUGCUGUGCUCGGCCUCACUCGUCACACACGGCCACGCCUCCUCUCAGAGUUCAAUGACAGGGCGGAGUCACCUGCUGACAGGGCGGAGUCACCUGCUGACAGGGCGGAGUCACCUGCUGACAGGGCGGAGUCACCUGCUGACAGGGCGGAGUCACCUGCUGACAGGGCGGAGUCACCACAGAAGUUCACAACAAUAGUUUUUUUCAAUUUCAAUCGGCUCAGGCACCGGAAAGUAGCACCAGAAUGUGCGUUGCGUUUCGGUCCGGGUAUUACCGGUUGUAUUGGAACCGGUACCACAUUGGCACCGGUUUCCGGUACCCAACCCUACUGGCGACUGACACGCCCCCUGUGUAACUGACACGCCCCCUAGCGACUGACGCGCCCCCUGUGUGACAGACACGCCCCCUUUUAGAGUUCCAAGGCGUUACAGCAUUGAGCCGGUCACGCUGGUUCAGGGUAGCAAGGACAGGUUCUGGCUCUGGCUCUGGUUCUGGUUCUGGCUCUGGCUCUGGCUCUGGUUCUGGUUCUGUUGGAACUAAACUCUGAGGACGUUUCCUGGACCUUCAGGACGGUUGUCUUUUCUUUUGUAUCCUCCAGACGUUGACCAAUGAACUGGAGCGUGGUGUUCUCGAUGAACCAGGCUGUGGUCACGUGUUCUUGGUUAAUAAACUGUUUGUCAGUUA